AUGCAAGCCGCUGGAACCCCAGGAAUCUGGUACGGGGCAAGCCGGACACCCAGUUGUGCCAGCUUUCAGCCGAGACCCUCGUCGACGCCCCGACUGCGACGGCUGCUACUGCUUCUCCUGUCACUGGUAAGCGGCGUCCUGGCACAGCCCGCUGACCCUGGCCGGGCGUUCCUGUCCCGGGGUCUUUCAGGGGCUGCAGGGGUUCCUGCCGAGGAGGCCAUAGUACUGCAGAACCGCGAACUCCGCGUGCCUUUCGGUCGUGAAGUCUGGCUGGAUCCGCUGCAGGACCUGGUGUUGCAGGUGCAGCCGGGAGACCGCUGCUCGGUGACUGUGCUGGACAACGACGCGCUGGCCCAGCGGCCGGGCCGCCUGAAUCCUAAGCGCUUCCCUUGCGACUUCGGCCCCCGCGAGGUGCGCUACUCACACCUAGGUGCGCGCAGCCCUUCUCGGGAUCGCGUCAGGCUGCAGCUACGCUACGACGCGCCGGGAGGGACGCUCGUGCUGCCGCUAGUGCUGCAGGUGGAAGUGGUCUUCAGCCAGCUGGAGGUUGUGACUCGGAAUUUGCCCUUGGUCGUGGAAGAAUUGCUGGGGACCAGCAAUGCCCUGGACGCACGGAGCCUGGAGUUUGCCUACGAGCCCGAGACAGAGGAGUGCCGCGUGGGCAUCCUCUCCGGCCUGAGUGCGCUACCUCGCUAUGGAGAACUCCUGCACUUUCCGCAGGUCCCCCGAGAAGCCACAGGGGGAGGCGCUCCGGAGCCGCUCCUGAUGGACUGCAGACUUUUCCUGGAGCUUGGCGUGCGCUACCGCCACACAGCCCCGAGUCGCUCACCCAACAGAGACUGGGUACCCAUGGUCGUGGAGCUACGUUCGCGAGGGGCUCCUGUGGGCAGCCCUGCUUUGAAACGCGAGCAUUUCCAGGUACUGGUGAGGAUUCGAGGAGGGGCUGAGAACAGCGCCCCCAAGCCCAGUUUCGUGGCCAUGAUGAUGAUGGAGGUGGAUCAAUUCGUGCUUACCGCCCUAACCCCAGACAUGCUGGCAGCUGAGGAUGCGGAGUCUGCACCUGACCUGCUCAUCUUCAACCUCACCUCUCCGUUUCAGCCCGGCCAGGGCUACUUGGUGAGCACUGAUGACCGGAGCCUGCCGCUCUCCUCCUUCACGCAGAGGGACUUGCGCCUCUUGAAGAUUGCCUACCAGCCCCCUCAUGAGGACUCAGACCAGGAACGUCUCUUUGAGCUGGAACUGGAGGUAGUGGACCCAGAAGGAGCAGCCUCAGACCCGUUCGCCUUCAUGGUGGUGGUGAAGCCCAUGAACACGCUGGCUCCAGUGGUCACCCGGAACACUGGUCUUAUUCUCUAUGAAGGUCAGUCUCGGCCCCUCACGGGCCCUGCAGACAGCGGGUCACAAAACUUGGUCCUCAGUGAUGAGGAUGACCUGGAAGCAGUGCAGCUGGAGGUGGUGGCCGGACUGCGACAUGGUCACCUUGUCAUUCUGGGUGCUACCAGUGGCAGUGUUGCUCCCAAGACCUUCUCAGCUGCCCAGCUGGCCGCUGGUCAAGUGGUCUACCAGCAUGACGACAGAGAUGGCUCACUGAGUGACAACCUGGUGCUUCGUAUGGUGGAUGGAGGAGGCAGGCACCAGGUACAGUUCCUGUUCCCCAUCACCUUAGUGCCUGUCGAUGACCAACCCCCAGUCCUCAAUGCCAAUACAGGCCUGACUCUGGCAGAAGGAGACACAGUGCCCAUCCCACCCCUUGCUCUGAGUGCAACUGACAUGGAUUCUGAUGACGCUUUCCUGCUUUUUGUGUUGGAGUCACCCUUCUCGAGCACCGGGCAUCUGCUUCUCCGCCAAACUCAGCCUCCCAUCAAGGAAGACGAGCUUACCAGGGGCCAGUGGAAGAAGCAGGGAGCAUUUUAUGAGCGAAUCGUGACAGAGUGGCACCAACAGGACAUAACAGAAGGGCGGCUGUUCUACAGGCACUCUGGGCCCCAUAGCCCUGGACCAAUCAUGGACCAGUUCACAUUUAGAGUGCAAGAUAACAGUGACCCCCCUAAUCAGUCUGGGCUGCAGAAGUUUAUGAUACGCAUCCAUCCCGUGGAUCGCCUACCUCCAGAGCUGGGCAGUGGCUGCCCCCUGCGGAUGGUAGUGCAGGAAUCCCAGCUCACACCCCUGAGGAAGAAAUGGUUGCGCUACACAGACCUCGACACAGACGACCGAGAACUCCGUUAUACAGUUACCAGGCCGCCGAUGGACACAGAUGAGAACCACUCACCAGCCCCACUGGGCACCUUGGUCCUGACUGACAAUCCCUCCAUUGUGGUGAUGCAAUUUACUCAAGCUCAAAUCAACCAUCAUAAAAUUGCCUACAGACCUCCCAGUGAGGAACUGGGAGUGGCUGCCAGAGUGGCCCAGUUCCAGUUUCAGGUGGAAGACCAAGCUGGGAAUGUGGCUCCGGGCACCUUCACCCUUUACCUACAGCCAGUGGACAAUCAGCCUCCUGAAAUCCUCAACACUGGCUUUACCAUUCAGGGGAAGGGCCACCACGUUCUGAGUGAGACUGAGUUGCAUGUCAGUGAUGUGGACACUGAUGCGUCUCACAUCUCCUUCACUCUCACACAGGCACCCAGGCAUGGCCAGGUGCAAGUGUCUGGACAGAUCCUGCAUGUUGGAGGAACCUUCCAUCUACAGGACAUAAAACAGGGUCGGAUUUCCUACGCACAUAAUGGGGAUGACUCCUUGAUGGAUAGCUGCUCCUUGGAAGUCAGCGACAGGCACCACGUGCUGCCCAUCACUCUGAGAGUGAACAUCCGGCCAGUGGAUGAAGAGGUGCCCACGUUAAGCCUUCCUGCUGGCACUCUGGAGUCCUAUCUUGAUGUCCUAGAGAAUGGGGCUACUGAAAUCACUGCCAAUGUUAUUAAGGGGACCAAUGAGGUCACUGAUGAUUUGAUGUUGACUUUCCUUAUAGAAGAUCCACCCUUGUAUGGAGAAAUUCUCGUUAAUGGAGCUCCGGCAGAGCAGUUUACACAACGAGAUAUUUUGGAAGGCUCUGUUGUCUAUGCCCACACUAGUGGGGAGAUAGGUCUAUUGCCCAAAGCAGAUUCGUUUAACUUGAGCCUAUCAGAUGUGUCUCAAGAAUGGAGAAUCAGUGGUAACAAGAUCCAGGGAGUUACUGUGUGGGUAACCAUCCUUCCAGUGGACAACCAGGCUCCACAAAUUUCUGUAGGUGAACAAUUUGUGGUGAUGGAAGGUGAUAAAAAUGUUAUUUCCUCAACACAUGUAAGUGCUGAAGAUCUUGACUCUUUAAAUGAUGACAUUUUAUGCACAAUACUUAUGCAGCCUACUUCAGGUUAUGUUGAAAACAUUUCUCCAGCUCCAGGCUCUGAGAAAUCAAGAGCGGGGAUUGCUAUAAGUGCUUUUACUCUAAAAGACCUCAGGCAGGGUCACAUUAACUAUGUCCAGAGUGUCCACCAGGGUGUGGAGCCUGUGGAGGAUCGAUUUGUAUUUCGAUGCUCUGAUGGCAUUAAUUUCUCAGAGAGACAUUUUUUUCCCAUCGUGAUCAUGCCUGCCAAUGAUGAGCAGCCAGAAAUGUUUAUGAGAGAAUUCAUGGUCAUGGAAGGCAUGAGUCUGGUCAUUGACACGCCCAUCCUCAACGCUGCCGAUGCUGACGUGCCCCCUGAUGAGUUAACUUUCACUAUUACCCAAUUUCCUACUCACGGUCACAUCAUGAACCAGCUGAUAAAUGGUACAGUUUUGGUGGAAAGCUUCACCUUGGAUCAGAUCAUAGAGAGUUCCAGCAUUAUUUACGAGCAUGAUGACUCUGAGACACGGGAGGACAGUUUUGUGAUUAAACUAACGGAUGGCAAGUAUUCCGUGGAAAAGAUGGUGCUUGUCAUGGUAAUCCCUGUUGAUGAUGAGACUCCCAGAAUGACCAUCAAUAAUGGGCUAGAAAUAGAAAUCGGGGAAACAAAAAUAAUCAACAACAAGAUAUUAAUGGCAACUGAUUUGGAUUCUGAUGACAGAUACUUGGUUUAUGUUAUUCGUUAUGGCCCUGGACAUGGGUUACUACAAAGACGGAGACUCACAGGGGCCCUUGAAAACAUCACCCUGGGCAUGAAUUUUACCCAAGAUGAAGUGGACAGAAACUUAAUCCAGUAUGUCCACACGGGGCGAGAGGGGAUUCGGGACCUAAUUAAGUUUGAUGUAACGGAUGGAAUAAAUGCCCUCAUAGAUCGCUAUUUUUAUGUGUCCAUUGGGAGCAUUGAUAUUGUUUUCCCUGAUGUUAUAAGUAAGGGAGUGUCCUUGAAAGAAGGUGGCAAAGUAACUCUCACGACGGACCUACUAAGCACUAGUGACUUGAACAGCCCUGACGAAUAUUUAGUUUUUACCAUCACCAGGGCUCCCAUAAGAGGUCACUUGGAGUGCACGGAUCAACCAGGGGUGUCCAUCACAUCCUUCACUCAACUCCAACUGGCUGGCAACAAAAUCUACUACAUCCACACAGCCGAUGAUGAGGUGAAGAUGGACAGUUUUGAGUUCCAGGUCACCGAUGGACAUAACCCCGUCUUCCGGACCUUCCGUAUCUCCAUCAGUGAUGUGGACAACAAGAAGCCAGUGGUCACCAUCCAUCAUCUGGUUGUCAGUGAGACUGAAAACAAGCUGAUCACUCCCUUCGAACUCACAGUGGAAGACCGAGAUACACCUGACAGACUCCUGAAAUUCACUGUCACCCGGGUACCUGUUCAUGGACAUCUUCUUUUCAACAACACCAGACCAGUCACGGUUUUCACAAAGCAAGACUUGAAUGAAAACUUGAUCAGCUACAAACACGAUGGCACUGAAUCAAGUGAAGACAGCUUCUCCUUCACAGUAACAGAUGGCACACAUACAGAUUUCUAUGUUUUUCCUGAUACAGUAUUUGAAACAAGGAGGCCCCAAGUAAUGAAGAUCCAGGUCUUAGCUGUUGACAAUAGUGUCCCCCAAAUUGCAGUGAAUAAGGGGGCCUCGACGCUUCGCACACUGGCCACAGGCCAUUUGGGGUUCGUGAUCACAAGCAAAAUAUUGAAAGCAGAGGACAAAGACAGCUUACACUUUUCUCUCAGGUUCAUUGUGACAGAAGCCCCUCAACAUGGUUAUCUCCUCAACCUGGGCAGAGGCAACCAUAGUAUCACUCAGUUCACCCAAGCUGACAUUGAUGACAUGAAAAUAUGCUAUGUGUUAAGAGAAGGAGCUAACGCCUCAAGUGACAUGUUCCAGUUUACAGUUGAAGAUGGUGGUGGAAACAAGUUAACCAAGCAGCAUUUUCGUCUGAACUGGGCAUGGAUCUCUUUUGAAAAGGAGUAUUACCUGAUCAACGAGGAAUCCAAAUUUCUCGACGUUGUCAUUAAACGUAGAGGCUACUUGGGAGAAACAUCCUUCAUAAGCAUUAGCACAAGAGAUGGGACUGCACAAAAAGACAAAGACUUCAAGGACAAAGCACAGAAGCAGGUGCAAUUCAACCCAGGCCAGACGAGGGCCACGUGGCGAGUGCGGAUCCUGAGUGAUGGGGAACAUGAGCACUCGGAGACCUUCCAGGUGUUGCUCUCAGAGCCUGUGCUGGCCGCUCUGGAGUUCCCCGCAGCCACCACCGUGGAGAUUGUGGACCCUGGAGAUGAAUCAACUGUGUUUAUUCCCCACUCUGAAUACUCUGUUGAAGAAGAUGUUGGUGAACUGUUUAUUCCCAUCAGGAGAACUGGAGAUGUCAGCCGGGAGUUAAUGGUGAUCUGUUAUACCCAACAAGGGACAGCAACUGGAACUGUGCCAACUUCCGUGCUGUCUUACUCGGAUUACAUAUCCAGGCCUGAGGACCACACCAGCGUUGUUCGCUUUGACAAAGAUGAGCAGGAGAAGAUGUGCCGGAUUGUUGUUAUUGACGACUCUUUAUAUGAAGAGGAGGAAACGUUCCAUGUCCUUCUGAGUAUGCCAAUGGGUGGGAGACUGGGAGCUGAGUUCCCAGGGGCUCAAAUUACAAUUGUCCCUGACAAAGAUGACGAACCUGUCUUCCACUUCGGGGACGUCAAGUACGCUGCGGAUGAGAGCGCCGGCUACGUGGAGGUGCGAGUGUGGAGGUCAGGCACCGACCUUUCCAAGGCUUCCAGUGUCACGGUGAGGUCUCGGAAAACAGACCCUCCUUCCGCAGAGGCUGGGACAGACUACGUGGGAAUCAGUCGUAGCUUAGAUUUUGCCCCUGGAGCCAACAUGCAAACUGUUCGUGUUACCAUUCUGGAUGACCUUGGACAACCAGUGCUGGAGGGAAUUGAGAACUUUGAACUGGUGCUUCGUAUGCCUACGAACGCAGCCCUUGGCGAGCCCAGCAAAGCCACAGUGUCUAUAAAUGACUCCAUCUCUGAUUUGCCUAAGAUGCAAUUCAAAGAGCGAACGUACACUGGCCGUGAAAGUGACGGGCAGAUAGUUGCCGUGAUCCACAGGAGUGGAGACAUCCAGUACCAGUCUUCAGUAAGAUGCUACACACGGCAGGGGUCGGCGCAGGUGAUGAUGGACUUUGAAGAACGCCCCAACACUGACAUCUCCAAGAUCACCUUCCUCCCUGGUGAGACUGAAAAGCCUUGUGUUCUUGAGUUGAUGGAUGACACACUCUAUGAGGACAUUGAAGAGCUCCGCCUGGUACUGGGCACCCCACAGAGCAACUCUCCCUUCGGAGCUGCGAUUGGUGAACAGAAUGAGACUCUGAUAAGGAUCCAAGAUGAUGCUGAUAAGGCUAUCAUUAAAUUUGGAGAGACCAAAUUUAGCAUCACUGAGCCCAAGGAACCAGGAGGGUCAGUGAUUAUAAAAAUUCCAGUGAUUCGUCAAGGGGACACCUCAAAGGUUUCCAUUGUCAGAGUCCACACCAAGGACGGCUCAGCUACCUCGGGAGAGGAUUAUCACCCUGUAUCAGAAGAAAUUGUGUUUAGGGAAGGAGAAACCCAACACAUCGUUGAGAUUGAAGUUAUCUUUGAUGGAAUAAGAGAGAUGCGGGAGGCCUUCACCGUCCAUCUGAAACCUGAUGAAAAUAUGAUAGCAGAGACACAGGCAACCAAAGCCAUUGUGUAUAUAGAAGAAAUGAACAGCAUGGCAGAUGUCACUUUUCCUUCUGUCCCCCAAGUUAUGUCCUUGCUGGUAUAUGACGAUAGCUCCAGAGCUAAGGAGGGAGCUGCACCUGUGUCUGGCUAUCCAGUCAUCUGCAUCACAGCUUGCAACCCCAAAUAUUCAGACUACGAGAAAACAGGAUCUAUUUGUGCAAGUGAGAACAUCAAUGACACUUUGACACAAUACCGAUGGCUGAUUAGCGCUCCUGCCGGCCCUGAUGGUGUGACCAGCCCCAUGAGGGAAGUGGACUCUGACACCUUUUUUACGUCAUCAAAGAUGAUCACCUUGGACUCCAUAUACUUUCAGCCUGGCUCCAGGGUGCAGUGUGCAGCUCGUGCUGUGAAUGCUGACGGCAAUGAGGGCCUGGAGUUGAUGAGCCCCAUCGUUGUCAUCAGCAGGGACGAAGGUCUUUGUCAGCCACGUGUGCCAGGGGUGGUGGGAGCAGAACCAUUCUCAGCUAAAUUGCGCUACACUGGCCCAGAAGACCCCGACCAUGCAAACCUCAUCAAACUCACUAUCACCAUGCCGCAUAUAGAUGGCCUGCUCCCUGUGAUCUCCACCCGAGAGCUCUCCAAUUUUGAGCUCACCCUGAGCCCUGAUGGCACAAGAGUUGGGAACCACAAGUGCUCCAACCUCCUGGAUUAUACUGAAGUGAAAACCCACCACGGUUUCUUGACCGAUGCUACCCAAAACCCAGAUGUGAUUGGAGAGACGUUUCCUUACCAGUACAGCUCAUCCGUUCGAGGCUCCAAUACCUUGCGCUUCUACAGGAACCUGAACCUAGAGGCCUGCUUGUGGGAGUUUGUCAGCUACUACGACAUGUCCGAACUCCUCACCGACUGUGGAGGCUCCAUUGGAACAGAUGGGCAGGUGCUGAACCUGGUCCAGUCCUACGUGACUCUUCGGGUCCCUCUGUAUGUUUCCUAUGUGUUCCAUUCACCUGUGGGGGUAGGAGGCUGGCAGCAUUUCGACCUCAAGUCGGAGCUCCGUCUGACUUUCGUGUACGACACUGCCAUCUUGUGGAAUGAUGGAAUUGGCAGCCCACCAGAGGCUGAGCUACAAGGUUCUCUUUAUCCAACCAGCAUGCGCAUAGGCGAGGAGGGGCGUUUGGCGGUGAACUUCAAGACAGAGGCUCAGUUCCAUGGGCUGUUUGUGCUGUCACAUCCAGCGUCCUUUACGAACUCCAUGAUCACGUCAGCUGACCAUCCAGGUCUGACCUUCUCUCUGCGCCUCAUCAGGAGUGAACCAACCUACAAUCAACCCAUGCAGCAAUGGAGUUUUGUCUCUGACUUUGCAGUACGGGACUACUCAGGGACCUAUACAGUAAAGCUGGUACCGUGCACCACGCCAUCCAGCCAGGAAUACCGCCUGCCCAUCACCUGCAAUCCCAGAGAGCCAAUCACCUUUGAUUUUGACAUUCGAUUCCAACAGGUCAGCGACCCAGUAGCAGCUGAGUUUAGUUUGAACACUCAAAUGUACCUGCUCUCCAAGAAGAGUCUGUGGUUGUCUGAUGGAUCCAUGGGAUUCGGGCAAGAGAGCGACGUCGCCUUUGCCGAAGGUGACGUAAUCUACGGCCGUGUCAUGGUAGACCCUGUCCAGAAUCUAGGCGACUCCUUCUACUGCAGCAUUGAGAAGGUGUUCCUAUGCACUGGGGCCGACGGAUAUGUUCCCAAAUACAGUCCAACGAAUGCAGAAUAUGGCUGCCUAGCCGAUUCUCCUUCACUCUUAUACAGAUUUAAAAUUGUGGACAAAGCUCAGCCAGAGACACAAGUUACCAGUUUUGGAAAUAUCCUGUUUAAUGCCAAGCUGGCGGUGGAUGACCCAGAAGCCAUUCUCCUGGUGAAUCAGCCGGGAUCUGACGGAUUUAAAGUAGACUCAGCACCACUCUUUCAGGUUGCUCUGGGACGAGAAUGGUACAUACACACGAUCUACACAGUAAGAUCCAAAGACAAUGCCAAUCGUGGCAUUGGCAAAAGAAGUAUAGAGAAGCAAUACCACUCCCUGGUGCAUCAAGGAAAGCCCACUGGCAGGAAGAAGAGGGAGAUCCAGAGCGUUCCGUCACUGGCCUCAGAGAUCGGCGCUGGUAACAACCGGGGAACAAACAUCCAGCACAUUGCCCUAGACCGCACCCACAAGCGGCAGAUCCCCCAUGGGAGAGUUCCUCCUGAUGGUGUCCUCCCACGGGAGCUUAACAGUCCAAGUUCUGAGGUGCACCUGCUCACUGUCGUGGGAGGCAUCGGGGUAGGAUUACUCACCAUCUGUCUCACUGUCAUUGCCAUGAUUAUGUGCAAGAGAAAGAAGAGCAGCAGGGAGAAGAAAGACCCAAAGGGCUCCAGCAGCAGAGAGCCCAUGAUGCCCCCACAGAGCCACCACCACGACAGCUCAGAAGUGUGA